AUGAUUGCAUCUAGAUUAGCCUCGGCACCAUUAAGAUAUCUAUCAACUUAGACUUAAAACUCAAAGCAAAGUGAUAUUGAGGUUUUGAGUCAAAAUAGUGGAUAAAAUCAAGAGCUAAGAGAUAUAAUCCCAAGAGGCAAAAACAGAAAGCCAUAUAAUUUAAAGGUCGGAGAUAUUAUUCAUGAUUUCGAGGUUAAAGAGAUUGAGAGAAUUGAAUUCUUUGAUGUUACUGCAUACAAGUUAGAGCAUGUAAAGACUGGAGCUAAAUAUCUUCACUUAGAUAGCUCAGAUAUGGACAAUGUAUUUGCAGUAUUAUUUAGAACUCCACCUGAUGAUCACACUGGAAAGCCACAUAUUCUUGAGCACUUAGCCACAUGUGGAAGUGAGAAAUACCCGGUAAGAGAUCCAUUCUUCAAUAUGAUCAAGAGAUCUCUUAAUACCUAUAUGAAUGCCUGGACUGGUUCAGACUUUACUAUGUACCCCUUCUCCACAUAGAAUACUUAGGAUUUUUAGAAUUUAAUGUCAGUAUAUUUAGAUAUGUCAUUCUUCCCAAGACUUGACUAUUACGAUUUCAGAUAAGAAGGUCAUAGACUUGAGUUCAAAGAGUGGAAUGAUACAAACACCGAUUUGGAGUUUAAAGGAGUCGUUUAUAAUGAAAUGAAGGGAGCUAUGAGCAAUCCUGAGGAUUAGUUCGUUCACAAGAUUAAUGAGCACCUCUUUUCUAAAUCUCAAUAUAAGUUUAACUCAGGAGGUGACCCAAAAUACAUAACUGAUUUAGACUAUAAAGAUUUAGUUGAUUUCCAUAAGAAAUACUACCAUGCUAACAAUGCCACAAUCUUUACCUACGGCGAUUUAGACUUUACUUAACAUCUUGAUUUCAUUAACAGAAACGUGUUGCACAGAUUUGAUAACUCAAAAGCAGCUGAGAUUUUAAAAUCAAGUGAUGUAGCCUUGGAAGAGAGACUUAAGGAAGCCAAAAUUAAGAAUGAACACUUUAUGCCGGAUCUGAUGAGCGAAGCUGAAACUUAAGCAAAAUACGGUGUUACCUUCCUGUGUAACUAGACCUCUUAAGAUCCAUAUGAAUCAUUCUAAAUGUAAAUUCUGUCAAGUUUAUUGUUUGAUGGUCCUAAUGCUCCAUUUUAUUAAAAGAUUAUCGAGGAAGGUGUUGCUCCAAACUUCUGUCCAGGAACUGGUUAUGAUAGUACAACUAAAGAAGCUACUUUCACAAUGGGAGUCUAAGGAAUCAAAGUAGAAGAUGUUAAGACUUGUGAAUUAGCUUUGCAUGAGGUUUUGAAUGAUGUGGCCUAAAAUGGCAUUGAGGAUAGAUUCUUUGAGACAAUCCUUCAUUAGGUUGAAUUCAAUGCUAAGAGAACCAAGGAUCAUUUUGGUCUUGGCUGCAUCUCACACAUGGUGCAUUAUUCACUUCAUAACGGAGAUCCCCUUUCAUUCUUCAAAAUCAAUGAAUACUCGCAAAGAAUCAGAGAGGACUAUAAGAAAGGAGAUCUUUUCCAAUCACUCGUGAAGAAAUACCUUAUUAAUAAUAAUCAUAAGCUUAAGCUUCUUUUUGUGCCUGAUCAAACUGUUGGUCCAAAAGAAGAAUAGGCAGUCCUAGAUAAACUUUCAAUGAUUAAAAAGGCAUUGACAGAAGAUGAGAAGUAAACAAUUGUCCAAGAAGCUUUUAAGCUCAAAUAGCAUCAAGAGAGAAUUUAGGACUUGAAUGUACUUCCAUCAUUAAGCUUAGGCGACAUCUCUAGAUAAAUGGAAUUCGUUGAUCAUGAGACUAAAUAUUUAGGAAGUAAUUAAUAUUCUUAAUUUCAUAACUUUAAAAUAGAGGUCAAGACAUGGUUCUAUGACUAGCCAACUAAUGGGAUUAAUUAUAUAGGAACUAAAAACUACAAAUACAACGACUUCAACGAUAGAAUUCUGAGCUGCUCAAAUGGAUUAGAGAUUAAUGUAGAUAAGUAUUCUAAUACUCCAGACUUUAAGGAUAUUCAUGAUAGACAUGAGAAUUUAUUUGUAUCGAUUGGUUUCCUCGACAGAAAUAUCGACAAGGCCUUUGAUUGUUUGGCAGAGAUCAUCGCUACUCCUAACUUCGAUGAGCCACAAAACAUUUCAGACAUUAUUAAAAUGGAAUCGAUCAAUAAAGCCAACAAUAUUGGGAAUAAAGGUGCUUAAUAUGCGACUAGUUACGGCUCUAGUGGUAUUAAAGCAUUUGCUAGAAGCUUCGAAAGUUUGAGAUCAGACAUUUUCUUCUGCUAGUUUGCUGCUGAAGUAUUAAAAACUGCAGACGCCUUGCCCGUUCUAAAGGACGCAAUUUACAAUAUGACUGAAAUCGCUUCAUAUGUUUUCAGAGAAGAGAAUAUGGAAUUUGCCGUUCAUGGAAGCAAAAAGAAGUUUAACCUUAUAUAACUCAAGCUAGAACUAUUACUAAACUCUAUUAAGAAUGAUAACUCUAGAUAUUCAGAUAAAUAUUCUAAUAUUGAAAAAGUUUCUGGGGAGUUUGAAAACCCAAUUUAUUAUAAGAGCUUCUUCAAGACACCUUUAGCAGUCAACAACUGUUCAGAGACAAUGCUAAUUCCUACUAACACUAGCUAUGACGAUUAUGGUGCUCUCCAGGUAUUAGGAGAUAUGAUGACUUUCACCUAUUUAUUACCUUCAAUUCGUGAGAAAGGUGGUGCUUAUGGAGCAGGUUGCAGGAUAAGCGAGAGCGGUGCAUUUACAUUCCAUUCAUUCAGAGAUCCUAAGAUAGAUAGCACUUUUGAGAACUUUGAAAAAGCUCUUGACUCUGUUAUAAAUAAGGAAUUUUCAGAAGCUCAACUAAAAGAAGCUAAACUGCUAACUUUCCAAAAACUAGAUAAAGUGAUUGAUCCAUCACUCAAAGGUCUCUAUCAAUUCAGCAGAGGAUAUACUGAUGAGCACAGAUUGAAGCUGAGACUAAGAUGCCUUGACUUGACUAGAGAAGAUUUAGUUGCUGUUGCUGAGAAAUAUCUCAUCAAGGCUGUCGAGAAUGGCCACACAUCAAGAGUAGUUUUCGGAUCAUAAAAUGCUGAUCAUACUGAACUUGAGGGCAAAGGUUGGACUGUCUAGAAUCCAAUUGACUUCCUUAGUUAUUAAUAUUUCGAAAAGUGGAAUGAGGAAGCUAAGCAAGUAUGA